AUGGCGGAUGAACACUUUCUUCCAAAGACAUCAAUAAAUAAAUUGAUAAAAGAGAACAUAUCUCCUUCUUUUCGUGUCUCUUCUGAUUUGCGAGACGUGAUUGCGGACUGUGGUGUUGAGUUUAUCCACAUACUCGCGGCUGAGUCGAAGGACGUCGCCGGAUCUGCAAACAGGAAAACUUUGAACACAGACCACGUCAUCAAGGCUUUAAACAACCUCGAGCUCACUGGUUAUAUUGAUGAGUUGAAAGGUCUUAUCGACGAGCAGGCAAAAAAUAUUGCUAAGAAACCCGUUGAUCCUGAACUCACUCAGGAGGAGAAAAUCAAAAGGCAGCAAGAAUCUGAACAACGGGCACUUGAAAAGCUUAACAAACAGUACGGUUCUGAGCAGGUGAAGACGUUUAUGACGUCCCUUCAAAAGCCCACAGACCAGGGACCGUCUUUUGAUAUUCCCCACUAA